ACCGCCGCCGUACACAUGCCCUGCUGUGUGGUAAAACUUCCGCACACACGCUACAUGGCGGCGUUGCUUACCAUGUGAUUCGAGGAUAGGAAGAGGAGCUAGAGAGACACCAGGGAAAUAAAAAAAAUCCUGAGGGCGUGUCAUGUGACAGAAAUCCACUAUGUCAGCUUCUGAGGAUACGGACAAGCCAUUUGUGUGUGGCAUUUGCGGGAAAGCGUUCCCUUUGCUGACCACACUCCAGCGUCAUCACAGGUACCAUACGGGAGAGGCGCCAUUCAUGUGCGAGAUUUGCGACAAGACUUUCAUCCAAGCGAGGAGCUUGACAACGCACCAGAGGACCCACACUGGACAGAAGCCCUUUGUUUGUGGUGUUUGCGGCAACUCGUAUACCCAGGAAAGCAGUCUGAGACGCCACAAAGUGAUCCACACUGGCCAAAAUCCAGCCUUCGUGUGCAGCACCUGCGGCAAAAGCUUCCCCAAGCGGUCCAAACUCAAGCACCACCUGAGAGUCCACACUGGUGAAAGCCUGUUCUCCUGUGACAUCUGCGGCAAAGAAUUCACUCAGGAAAGUAGCCUGAAACGCCACAGUGCGGCCCAUGCCGAAACAACAAGGGAGACCCCAGGAAAAGAAGAAGAGACAAGACUGCCCCGUUGCAGCACUUGUGGCCGGGUUUUUCCAAGCCAAGCCGUACUCAAACAUCACCCCUGUUCCAACGGUGGGAAAUCGUUUGCGUGUGAGAUUUGUGGGAAAGCCUUCACACGAGCGAGCAGCUUGAGGAAACACGGCAGGAAGCACACCAGGGAGAAACCGUACGUGUGCACCACUUGUGGCAGGGCCUUUGCUGCAAAGUCGAAAUUGAAACGUCACCAGAAUGUACACAGUGUAGAGAAGCCAUCUUGUGGGGAAGUCAUCUCACCAGAGACUAGUCCAAAGCAUCGCGGGGCAGUGUGCAAUGGAGAUGAGCCAUUGGUAGCCAGCGUCCGUCAGGAAAGUGACGUGCAAACCAACCAUCUUACAACCCAGAGCGGAGUGCCCUUUGCAGACAAACCCUUGGAGGAGGGCACUUGCGAGAAGGACUCCUGCAAUACCGACACUCAGGAAUUCCACCGCAGCAGCCCAACAAGAACUAAGCCCCCUGUUCAAGAAUUAUGCUGCGAGGCAUUUUCACACAAAUGGAACCUAGAACGCCAUCAGAGGAUCCACUUUGGGGAGCAACCUUACUCGUGCGAUAUUUGCGGCAAAUCCUUCCCGUACCAAUGGAAUCUGGAAUGCCACAAGAGAUCCCACGCCCAGGUGAAACUGUUCGUCUGUGACAUUUGUGGUGAGGCAUUUGUGUUGGAAGCGCAACUCAAAACUCAUCAGGGGUCACACGUUGAAGAGACACCCUCGCUGUGUGACCAGAUCAUUGCCAUGUCUUCCUCAGAGGUCUGCAAGGAAAAGCAGUUGGCAUGUGAUGUGUGUGGAAAGGUCUACACGUACAGAUACAGUUUGAGGCAACACCAGCAAGUCCACAAGGACGAGAAGCGGUUGACCUGCAGCAUGUGUGACAAAGCAUUCGUGCUGGAAAGCACUCUGAAAUGUCACCAGCGGGCCCAUCUGGCUGAGGACAGAGUGAAACGGUUUAUGUGCAACGUCUGCGGCAAGGUGUUCACCCGCCCAGCCAAUCUGGAGGAGCACCACCGCAGCCACACGGGGGAAAGACCCUUUGAGUGUGACGUCUGCGACAGGGCCUUCAGCCACCGCAGCCAUCUGACGAUCCACCGGAGGCGUCACACGGGGGAGAGGCCAUUUGUGUGUGACGCCUGCGGCAAGGCCUACCUGCGUGGCAACGAGCUGAGCAGCCAUCAGACGCUGAAGCACGGUGCGCAGGCCAAGAAGCCAUUUGGCUGUGACAAGUGCGGCAAAGGCUUCUUGCUGAAGACAGGGCUGGCCGUUCACCAGCGAGUCCACACUGGAGAGAAGCCGUUUUGGUGCGGUAUUUGCAAACGAGCGUUUGCCACUGGCUAUGCACUGAAAUGUCAUCAACUGACCCACACAAAAGAAAAGCCAUUCCUCUGUGAAGUUUGUGGCAGAGCCUUCUCUCUGGCUGCUAGUCUUAAAAAGCAUCAAGAAGUACACAUGUAGGAAAAGAGAUUUAUUUCAAGUCAUUUAUUUAUUUGUUGCCAAGGGGCUAUGUGCAAUUUUUUUUGUUUUAAAAAAAACUUUUUGGCAGAGCACAGGUUUAUAUACUUAAGCAUUGCCAAAGAUAAGACAUUAAUGGGAGAAGAAGGACCUACGUGUGAAUCCUUUGAGAUAACAUUUUUCAAGAAGGAAAGAAUUGGGAUGAUGAAACUCUACAGCAAAUUUUAUCAUGAAUUCCUGGAAUUAUUAAUAGAAUUACCAAGGCUAAGGUUUCAAUGUGCCCAAAGUUCCCCACUAAAUCAAAUGCUUGUUCUACAGGUGUCUUGUUUGUACACACUUUAAUUUGGCCACAGUUUAAAGUGUGUUUUUUUUGGUACGGCAUAUUAGGCCCGUCUUCACCAAACAGCCAAUCAACCUCAGCCAGGCAUCUGCAGAGGAGUCUAGGCAUGUGAACUUUAGCGUACACCAGGAAGGCCAGCUGUUCAAAAGCAGAGUGCUUUCACAAUUAUUCAGGGGCCACUCCUGAUCAACGAUCUCAUGCCAAGAUGUAGAAGAUAUUGCUUUGUGCUGCAAACAUGACAGAUGAUUAAAAAAUGUAAUGUAAUUUUCAACUCAUUGAACUUGCAAUAUACCUGUUGUAGUGCUAGAGUGUGUUCUUACGUAAAGAUAUUUUGCCAAUUGUAACUUGUAAUACACGUAUAGUUUUCUUUUACGAAACUGCCUUGUAUUCCUCGUCAAGCAUUGAGCAACUCAUUAUUGUUAGUAUGUACACAUGUGCAUGAGCAAGGUUUUUUUUUGGGGGGGCGCACAUUAGCAGCAAACUGAUAAACCAUUAGGGUGGAAAGGGGGGUCAAUUCUUAGAGGUUUUCAAGCAAAUUGAUGAUUUACAGUUUACGUUUUUAAUAUGGGGGGAGGCAAGCAACUGCCCCCUCCCCCUUUCCCCCACCCCCCCAAUACACAUGCAUGUUGAUUUGUUUGCAUGAUGAUGCACAUGAUAAAUAGAGUGUGGGUGGUCAAUCUUGGUCUUUGAAAUACAGUUAUCUCCUUUUGACCUGUCAUUUGUUGAUUCAGAUUUUUUGCAUCGGUUACCAAUUAAAGGACAUUGCCAUAUUUUGUAUGAAAAUAAAACUUGA